UUGAGAUGCUCACAACAAAGGACAGCGCACCGAGGGAGGCUGGCACUAAAACCACGCACCGAGGAAUUUCUCUUUUUUAAAACCUCUCACGACCACUAUUUGAGUCUGACUUUAUCAGAAAGGUAGUGAAGAGAAACCCAAACGUCCAUUGGCUUACGUUAUCAUUAUUAUUUUUUAAAUGACACGGUGCUGGGUGAAUUGAUGGUUUCUCAGUGGAGAAAUUAAUGUGAAAUCUCCUUCUUUUUGUGUGCCGGUGGGACGGCAGCUAGCCUGCUAGCUGGGACAAGUAGUUAUAUUGGUGAAGGAGCUGCAGCCCGCAGGCUCGGGACGACAGGACCUCAUCAUCUACCAGGAAGGACAAGCGGCGCUGUGAGACGGGCAUAUGAAGCAUGAAAGGGUGGAGCUGAGGCUCAGCUGACCCCUCCCCUCCAUCUCCUCCUUUCCCCAUUACUCCGAACAAUCAGCACCUCCUCCCCCCCUUCCCCUCCUUUCCCCUUCCUGCCUCCCGUCACCCUGUUGGCUCUCACCCGUUGUUCCUCGCCUCCUCCUCCAAACCUCAGUCAGCUGUGCCCAAUGUACUCCCCGGAGCAGGAAAAUAUCUCCACCACCGCCUCCACCAAAGUGCCAGUGAAGUAUGGAGAGCUCAUUGUGCUGGGGUACAAUGGCUCUCUACCCAACGGAGACCGCGGCCGCCGUAAAAGCCGGUUUGCACUCUGUAAGAGACCGAAGGCGAACGGGGUAAAACCCAGCACAGUUCACAUCGCCUGCUCCCCGCAAGCAGCCAAGGCCAUAAGCAACAAAGACCAGCACAGCAUCUCUUACACUCUGUCCCGAGCCCAGACGGUGGUGGUGGAGUACACCCACGACAGCAAUACAGACAUGUUCCAGAUUGGCCGGUCCACGGAGAGUCCGAUAGACUUCGUGGUGACGGACACGGUGGCGGGCAGCCAGAGCAACGCAGACACUCAGUCGGUCCAGAGCACCAUCUCCCGCUUCGCCUGCCGCAUCAUGUGCCAGCGCACGCCGCCUUACACAGCUCGCAUCUACGCGGCGGGCUUCGACUCCUCCAAGAACAUCUUCCUGGGGGAGAAAGCCGCAAAGUGGAAAACGUCUGACGGUCAGAUGGACGGGCUGACCACCAACGGCGUGCUGGUGAUGCACCCGCGCAACGGCUUCACACAGGACUCCAAGCCGGGGGUCUGGAGGGAGAUCUCCGUGUGCGGCAACGUCUUCACGCUACGAGAGACCCGCUCAGCGCAGCAGCGGGGAAAGAUGGUGGAGACGGAGAGCCAGGAGCUGGUGGACGGCUCGCUCAUCGACCUGUGCGGCGCCACGCUGCUGUGGCGCACGGCCGAGGGCCUGUCGCGCACGCCCACCCUGAAGCACCUGGAGGCGCUACGGCAGGAGAUCAACGCGGCGCGGCCGCAGUGCCCCGUGGGCUUCAACACGCUGGCCUUCCCGUCCAUGCGCCGCAAGGACACGCCGGACGAGAAGCAGCCGUGGGUCUACCUCCAGUGCGGACACGUGCACGGCUACCACAACUGGGGCAACCACCGCGAGGAGCGGGAGGGCCGGGAGGGCCGCAGCAGGGAGUGCCCCAUGUGCCGGGCCAAGGGGCCGUACGUGCCGCUGUGGCUGGGCUGCGAGGCGGGCUUCUACGUGGACGCCGCGCCGCCCACGCACGCCUUCAACCCCUGCGGACACGUCUGCUCGGAGAAGACGGCGUCCUUCUGGAGUCAGAUCCCGCUCCCGCACGGCACCCACACCUUCCACGCCGCCUGCCCCUUCUGCGCCCACCAGCUGAGCGGGGAGCAGGGCUACAUCAGACUCAUCUUCCAGGGACCCCUGGACUAGCGGGGGGACACUUCCCAGCAUGCUUUGGAGGAGGCCAGCGGCAGCGGCACAGGAGGUUUCGUUUGGAUGCUGAGCCCGCAUUAAAACAGAACCCUGUUUCUUUCUGGACUUUUGCCUCUUUCUCAUUUUUAAGUGACCUUUGUAUUGCUUUUUCAUGAAUGAAGACAAAGAUUUCUAUAUUUUCACGAGAAACUAGAGACACAAAAACCAAACAAAGAACACUGCUGGGUAAACUUUGUUUCUUGGAGAGAACUUUCAACAGUAUUUAUCUAAAUUACUAACAAGCCCAUGUGCAAACGUGCGGUUUUAUUCAUGUAUUUGUUGCAAUAUACAUCUGUGUACAUCUCUUAAAGCUUAUUUAAUACAAAGAUGUUUAUUUAUGGCCCAGGAACAUCACUUCAUCCUUUACCUGUCAGAUAUUUCUAAGCAUCAGUACUAUUUAGUGUUUUCAUUUGAAAAUUCAGUAUAUUGUUAACCAAACAUAACGUUUUCGGUGUGUUUCUCUGUCUUUCCCCCAUGUUCACCUCUCAAAGCCAUCUGUCGUAUUUAUACGCCCAUCCUCCGGCAUGUGUGUCAGCUCCUGAGUUGUUGUUCUCUCUCAUUGGGAAUCAUCCUGGAUUUUCCGCAUUCAGAGCAAUAGAUCUGCAGCAGAAAACCUCGUUGAGCAUUAACCGAGUCUUCACGGCGUCCCGGACGACGGCUCCCUCCCUUUAAAGAGUAACUCUUUUUCUGGUAAACACCGAUAUAUGUAGCUGACGACACACGCCGCGCAGACACGCACUCAUGCAGAGGAGUUUAUUGAAGGACAAACCACGGCACUGUUGAGUCUGCCGGGGACUGGUGAUGCUGUAGGCCGGGAUUCAGCUCAGUAUUACUCAGUGUUUUCAAAUACAGCUUGUGUCGCCAAUGACCUGCUUUUAUUUUGAAAGUCACUCAAGGUUCGUCUAGCCACGCCCCAGAAGGUGAAGCGUUCUCUUCCUCUCGCACCUACACGCAACUAAACACCCGGACAAGACCACUGUAGCUGUUU